AUGAAGAUAGUCGGUGACUUGACCGUGCUCAUGAAGAAUACUGGGACCAUUGUGGGACAUGUGGAGGCAGCAUAUAGUGAAGAGAAUGAAACCUCAGUGUACUCUGUUCAGGAGGAUGAUGGUGAUGGUCUUUUCCUUCUCAAUCCACAUUCUGGCGAAUUCCUCCUGUCCCGAGCCCUGGAUUUUGAGAUGGAGCGCUACUACAUCCUGACUGCAGCAGCUCAGCAGGGGGAGCGUGAACUCACCAGGGUCAGAGUGUACUUCAGUGUGAUCGAUGUCAAUGACAACCCACCAGUGUUCAGCCAGAAUGGCCUUUCGGCAUCCAUACCAGAAGACUCACCUGUUGGAAUGUGCUUUCUAAAUCUCAAUGUUUCAGAUCGGGAUGAGGGUAUAUUUGGAGAAGUGGAUUUGAUGGUGACAUCUGGAAAUCUUGAGAACAAUUUCUUUAUAAACCAGCAUCAAACUCUAUGUAUAAGAGGGAAGUUAGACAGAGAAACAAACGCUAUGUAUAGUCUCAUUGUCCAGGCCAAUGAUUGUGCUUUACCUACAGAGGCUCGACUUACAACCUCAGUGCAUGUCACCGUCUAUCUACUGGAUGUCAAUGAUAACUCCCCUCUCAUCACAACCCCAAGUACUGUUAGUUUUCCAGAGAACGCACCUCUUCAUUCUGUCGUUACGGUUAUACAGGCCACAGAUGCUGAUGCUGGAUCCAAUGGUGAAGUUGUUUUCAGUUUUGAGAGUGCAGAAGAAGAACCGUUUAGUAUAAAUAGUUCAACUGGGGUUGUGUACCUGCGAAAGCCAUUGGACAGAGAAAGCGAGGAUGUUGUCACAGUCACACUGAACGUCAAAGAUAAAGGUGUUCCUUCGUUGUUCAGCUCAAUGUACCUCACAGUGCUUAUUGAGGAUGUAAACGAUUACAAUCCAGAGUUCACUCAAAGCUCCUACAGUCUUUCAGUUUAUGAGAAUGUACCUCGUGGAACAAGCCUGCUCAGAGUUAACGCAAGUGAUCAAGAUAUUGGGUCAAAUGGGCAGGUGCGGUUCUCUGUCUCAGAGAGUGAGUUCAUGGUAGACUCUGUUCUAGGUGUGGUCUCGGUGAUAGACAAGAUGGACCGUGAGAAGAAGCCUUUCUACAGCUUUUUUGUCAUAGCAGAAGACCAAGGAGAUAUUCAAAGGUCCACCACAGCAACCAUUAACAUCGCAGUCCUGGAUGUUAAUGACUGUGUUCCUCUUUUAUCACCUGAAUCACUGACAUUGCAUGUCUUUGAAAAUGGGGAAGACUCUACUCAGCACUCCCAUCAGAUACAUGCCUCUGAUGAAGACUCUAAUGAAGUUAACGGUCAGCUGACAUAUUCUAUAGAAUCAGGAAAUGAUGAAAGUCUCUUCUCACUUCAUCCCAAUGGAACAUUUCAAAUCUUAGAAGAUCUUGAUAGGGAACUGAAAAGCCAAUACAUGUUAAAAGUUAUUGCUGUUGAUUCAGGAUUUCCAUCACUGACUGGCACAGGCACCUUGGUUAUUGUUGUUGAUGAUGUCAAUGACAACAUUCCAAUAUUUGACAAGGAGUUGUUCAGUACUCACAUAUUGGAGGAUUAUCCUGUUGGGACUGUUUUUCUGAGAGUUGCAGCAUCAGACUUAGAUGAUGGUACCAAUGGACAGCUAAGGUAA